AUGGACUACGAAGGUGAUCUUUUCAUUAGCUUGGCUUCAAUUUCUUCUUACUUGAAAGCUAACGUCGAAGGUUCGAGAAUCUACGCGAUUUAUACAUUUGCUCAAGCAGAUUGGACAACACAGUUAAAAAACUAUUUCUUGCCAAAAAAAUUCACGAUCAAGUACACUGAGCAUGGAAAAAAUAUGAACGGGAAGCAAUGAAAAAAUAUAAAAAAUCCAAUGGGUAUAAUGUUUGUGGUCUAGAUUUGUUGAUAUGCAAACAAUUUCCAUGGUGUGCCUAUUCACCUGAUGGCAUAGUUAUGCAAAAUCAGUUAUCAACAAUACUGGUGGAACUUAAGUGCCCUUAUGGUGGUAAGUCCUGCAGCAAUAGGUCUUUUUGAUGUAAUUGUAAAAAUUGUAAGUAUUAAUUAAUAACUGAUGCCAUCAAUUUCGUUCAUUCAUGCCCAUAUCUGAAUGUGAAUGCAGAGACAGGACUUGCAUUGACAAAGAACCAUUCAUAUUAUGCACAGAUACAGUUAGAAAUGGCAGCACUUCAUUUAAAAAUGUGUGACUUUAUACCAUAUUCAUCCAAAUCAAAAACAUUCCUUAACAUAGUAGUACCAUUUGAUGAACGUUAGGCACAUAUUUUUAUUAAAAAUGUUAGUGAC